CAAGAAUCCGAAGGACAGGCGCCACAGCGGGGUUCUCCUCAAUCCCCUCCCCCUCCCCCUCCUCCCGACACCGCAGCCGCCAGCGCCGUCGCGGGAGGCACGCCGUCCAUUGCCGUCCCGCCAUCAACUGGUCGAUCGCGCACGCUCAGCCAGGUCCGCACGCCCGAUGCCCUAGAUGAGGGCCCAUCGCGAUCGUACACGGAGCGCAGGUCCUCCCUCACCGCGUCCAAACCCAUCCCCGAGAUCUGGCGCCCAUCCGUCACGCCCGACGAAGACGCGCGCCAAAACCGGACGCCGCAGCGGCGGGGAAGCACGGCGAGCGUGCGCUCCGUCGGCUCGGUGGGCUCGACGUCACAGCGCCUACCGACAACACCCUCAAUCCCAGAGAACGAUGUCGUGUGGGGCACCGAGGACUCGCGAGCGCGUCGCAGGGAGAUGGAGUCGCCUCGCAAUGUACGCGAGCGCACGAGCUCCAGCCAGCUUAGGGACGCGUCGUCACUGCGCGAUCGGACGAGUAGUGGGGCGCUACGCUCUGCCAACACAGACUCGCCUCAACCUGCGAGGCAGGCCUAGUUCCUUUGCCAAGGGUUCCCCCAUUUCCUCCUCCUUCGAAGAUCAUCGCACCCGCCCCAUGAAGAAUGGAUCGCGAGAUUGGAUGCCAGGCAGCCAGUCACCCUCCUCCAACAAGUCCAUCCUCAGUCAAAGCCCAUCCAAGGCCAGCCCAUCCUCCCUGAACACGCCUCCUCGCGCAUCAACUUCGGCGCAGCCUUCACAGCCUCGGGCGUCUACUUCCACGGAGUUCUCCUCGAAUGCACGUUCAAGGACGUACUCGACCUAUGGGCAAGAGAAGGUGUCUCCGUCUGUUGCUACGAAGUCGAGGACGUCGUCAAGUCGUAAAUCACCUUCCCGUGAACCCGGUCGCAAGUCUCCGUCCCCUCAGCGGUCGUCGCAGAGCAAGAGUAGGAUCACGGGCUUUCAGCCUGCUAAGGCAGGCGUAGCGCCGAUGGAGAUCAACGAGUUCUCGGUCACGGCGGAGAAGCCUCAGGCUGUCUUGAGCGCAGAUAGGCCGUCGUUGCUCUCCAAGGGAAGACCGAAGUCGGAGCGGACCCAGUCGUUGUUCUCCUUUGACAAGCCGCCGUCAAUACCGUUCGGACCCGUCGAACGACCUCUGCUCGCUUCGGACCAGCCCCAAUCGUUCCUUUCGCAAGGCCGCCCGCCAUCGACACCUCUGGGCAACGGUCCCAAAAGGCCGACGAAUGUGCGAGGCGCUUCGUACUCUGGCGAUAUGGGGUCCACUCGUUCAGGAGAGCCAAGGGCCCCAUUGUUGGGCGAGAGAGGCGGUCCAUCGGUAGCACCUGCGCCUUCGCCAGCUCCCGAACGUAGAGGUGUGCCGAUACGCUCAAAUCGUGUCUCAAUGGACUCCUCGAAUACGCCGAUGCGCCCAACUUACGCCAGCGGUGCUCCUUCCAUGCCUUACGAGACUCCCGGGCAACGUACAUUCGACUCUCCCUCUCGGCCUGCGUACGGGAUCUCAGGAAAGCGCUCGCAGGAGAUGCCAGCUGGACGUGCAUACGAUAGCCAGAGCAGGCCGGCGUAUGGCCCGGUGGGCAGGCGCAGACACGAGACUCCAGGUCGGCGGGGGUACGAUCGCCGGCCCUACGACAUCGCUGGUAGCCCAUCGUCGACGACUUCACAUACGAGCACGGGUAGUCAGCCAAUACCUGUACCACCACGAUCGCGACCCGUCUCCGAUGACGAGGAGGCGGAGGAGUCUGGCACGGACGAGGAGGCUGAGAGUCAUGAUGACGAUGACGACGAUGAGCAGACGACUGGUAGCGAAACCGAAAGCGAAGACGGCUUCGACGAAGACGAAGCGCUCCCGUUUGCCAUGCAAGACGACCCGGCCGAUGCGUUCUCCACUGUGCGCGGUAAUCCAUUCGCCCCUCCGACCGAAGCCCUGCCCACGCCACCGAAGGAGUAUAAGAUAUGGAAUGUGCCGCCUACAUCACGCAGGCAGACGUCCGCCACCAAGGAAGAAUCGGGAUCCGACCCUGACCUGACAGCAAUUCCAUCGACUUCGGGACGAUCCGAUCAGCUACGACAGGGCACCCAGCGCAGGCCGGGCAUCCUGACGCGCACUGAGAGCUAUCGGGACGUCCCAGCACGCGCGCGCACGAAUGAAGUCGAUGCGUUCAGUCGGUCCAUGAACGUCAUCGGGAACCAGAGAGCGAAGGAGCAAGCUCGGCGGGACGAGACGCGGUUGCGACAAGCGGAGGAGCAGCGCAAACGGGACGAAGAUCAGCGACGCGAACAGGAGAAGGCCGCCCAGCGCGCGCGCGAGGAGGCCGAGAGGCGCGACCGCGAAGAGGCGGAGCAGCGCGCUCGUGAAGCGGAAGAGCAGCGUAUCCGCGAAGACGAGGAACGACGCGCUCAGGAGGCAGAACGACUCGCUCGGGAGGAAGAAGAACGCCUGGCUCGCGAGGAGGAAGAGCGCCUGGCUCGCGAGGAGGAGGAACGGCAGGCCCGCGAAGAAGAGGAGCGGCGCGCGCGCUUAGAGGAGGAGCAUCGUGCACGCGCGGAGCGCGAGGCGCGUCUCGCGCAAGAGAAAGCUGAGCGUGAGGCUCGCCUUGCACGGGAGAAAGCUGAGCGCGAGGAGAAGCUGCGAGCUGCCGAGGAGCGCCGCAAGCAGGAGGAGGAAGAGAGGAAGCGCGCGCUGGAGGAGUCCAAGCAGGCAAAGAAGAGCGCUAAGCAGAAGAAGAGGGAGGAGAAAGCGAAGAGGGAUGCAGAGGAGAAGGCAAGGCUCGAAGCAGAAGCGGCGAAGCGCGAACAGGAACGACUCCAGCGCGAGGAAGAGGAACGGCUCAAACGCGAGGAGGACGAGCGAAUCGCCGCCGAAGCAGAGGCCGCACGCUUGGCUGAACAGCGCGCUCAGGAGGCGGAGGCGCAGCGUCAGCGCGAGGAGGAGGAGCGCGCCCUGGAGCGUCAGCGUCAAGAGGAGGAAGAGGCCCGUCGCCGACGGGAGGAAGCCGAGGAGAUCACGCGACGUGUAGAAGACGAUGCACGCCAGCGCCUUCAAGCAGACCUUGCGCGCAUGCAGGAGGACCUGCGUCAGCAGAUAGCUGCGGAAGCGCAGAAGGCUAUGAGCGAGGCUAUGCAGCGUAAGGAGGAGGAGCUUAGGCUUCGGGAAGAAGAGCUGCACCGACGGGAAGAAGAGAUUCGGAGAGGGAGGAGACGCGCAGACGGAAGGAGGAAGACAAGAAGUCUAGGGAACGCAAACGCAAGGAGGAGGAAAGGAGGGCCCGGGAGGAAAAGGAGCGGGUGGCACGGGAGGCACGGGAGGCACGGGAGAAGGAGGACAGGGAGAAAGCAGAGCGGGAGAGGGCGGAACAGGAGGAAAAGGAACGCCAGGAGCGAGAGCGCGAACAGCAGGAGAGGGCAGAGAGGGAGAAGGAGGAACGCGAAAGGCAAGAGCAGAUUCGCCGAGAUGAACUAGAGGCCGCGCGCUUGCAGGAGGAAGAGGUCCGUCGAGCGGAGGAGGAGCGGUUACAGCGCGAACGCGACGAGCGGAGGAAGGAAGAGCGCCAUAGAGACGAAGAGCGCAGGAGAUCCGACGAUCGGCGGCGACGGGAAGAGGAAGAGACAAAGCGUCGCGCCGAGGCUUUCCAGCGACAGCAGGAGCAGGAGCGCCU